AUGGUGCCGAAAUACACGGACGUGAGAAACUUCACGAAAAACGACAUUAGUUUCAUGAAAAAAGUGGCCAACAAUCCGGACAAACCGACUACUGUUGCACCGAACGAUGGGAAAAAGGGCAGCCAAUGGAACAUCACCAAAUCCUUAUCAAUGCACAAUCUAUCUAACAAACCAUUAGAUAAAGAUUGUAAGCGAAGCACGCUAAUGAGGUCAAGCCUUGGUAUCGGCGUUAAAGAACAGAAACAGGAAACCAAGUACUCUGUAUUGGCUUAUUACUGGAGGAAAUUCAAGAAAUCCUUUAAACAGUCGGAUAGAGGUGGAAGCGGCGGUUAUACAGGUAAGGAUGGUAGCAAAGUGACCACAGUGGUGGCGACGCCCGGGCAGGGGCCCGAUAGGCCCCAGGAAGUCUCCUAUACGGAUACCAAAGUGAUCGGGAACGGUAGCUUUGGAGUCGUCUAUCAGGCCAAAUUGUGCGAUACUUCUGAGCUGGUAGCCAUUAAAAAGGUCCUGCAGGAUAAAAGGUUUAAGAAUCGAGAACUACAAAUUAUGAGGAAAUUAGAACAUUGUAAUAUAGUUAAACUUAAAUAUUUCUUUUACUCUAGUGGAGAUAAGAAAGAUGAGGUGUACCUGAAUCUGGUUUUGGAAUACAUCCCUGAAACAGUGUAUAAGGUUGCUCGGCAUUAUAGCAAAUCGAAGCAAACGAUACCAAUCAGCUUUAUAAAGUUAUAUAUGUACCAAUUGUUCCGUUCGCUAGCCUAUAUUCAUUCGUUAGGUAUAUGUCAUCGGGACAUAAAGCCGCAAAAUUUAUUGUUAGAUCCAGAGACUGGGGUAUUAAAAUUGUGUGAUUUUGGAAGUGCUAAGCACCUCGUCAAAGGCGAACCGAACGUGUCAUAUAUAUGCAGCCGUUAUUAUCGCGCGCCGGAAUUAAUAUUCGGCGCCAUCGACUAUACGACGAAAAUCGACGUGUGGAGCGCCGGCUGCGUCCUGGCCGAGCUGCUCCUCGGCCAGCCCAUAUUCCCCGGCGAUUCCGGCGUCGAUCAAUUGGUCGAAAUCAUCAAGGUACUCGGUACACCUACCAAAGAGCAGAUUAAAGAGAUGAAUCCCAAUUAUACGGAAUUCAAAUUUCCGCAAAUCAAAUCGCAUCCUUGGCAACAGGUAUUCCGCGCACGGACGCCGCCCGAAGCAAUCGAAUUGGUAGCCCGAUUGUUAGAAUACACACCAUCGUCGCGAAUUAGCCCCCUGCAAGCUUGCGCGCAUUCUUUUUUCAACGAAUUAAGGGAACCAAAUACUCGCUUGCCCAACGGAAACGAAUUGCCGCCGUUGUUUAAUUUCACCGAACACGAAUUAAACAUUCAACCAUCGCUUAAUUUCGUACUGCUGCCGAGAGGGGGCCAGGAGGCCGCGAGUAGUCCUCAGGAGGCAACGGCUUCGUCUACGGCAGCGAAUCAGGAGAGCACCGAUUCGACAUCUACUCCCAUACAGGCGGCAGCUGGGUCUGGUAUAGCUUAG